AGAAAAUUUAGAUCAGUAUUAAAUAAAGCCAGAAACGAGAACGCCUCGAAACCAACCCAACGGAAGCAGAAUAUAAAGUUCACAAAACCCUAAAAUGGAGAUUCCGCUCUUAUCAUCAGAAAAUGGCAACACAAUCAGUCAGUGCGAUCUUCGAUCUCAAUGAUCUUCCCGGAGACGGCGGUAACUCCGACUGUUACAUCUUCUCCACCCCUCUCUCUUCCCGUGGUUCCACCAAACACGACGCAAUCUCCGUCGAGAACUACGACCGCGAUCGUCGAGUCAGACUCAGAUCCGAAUCCCCGAUCUUCAUAGAUCUUGACCAAUACAACAACAACGACGAUCUAAGAAUCCUCUCUUUCCCUCCAAUCCUAGAAAAGGGUCAGUCCUCAAAGGACAAGCCCUUGCGACCUUCGACCUUCUACUGUGAGAUUUGUGUUGAAUCUAAACCAAUCAAUGAGUCGUUUCCAAUAAAAGGAUGUUCUCAUUCUUACUGCAACGACUGCGUCUCGAAGUACAUCGCUGCUAAAUUACAAGACAACUUGCUUUCCAUCGACUGCCUUGUCUCUGGUUGCUCCGGGCGGCUCGAGCCAGAUCAAUGCCGUCUGAUACUGCCGCGAGAGGUCUUUGAUCGGUGGGGAGACGCUCUCUGCGAAGCGGUUGUAAUGCGUUCCAAGAGAUUCUACUGUCCGCACCAAGACUGCUCUGCUCUCGUUUUCUUGGACGACAAGGAAGAAGGGAAGAUGAAGGAAUCGGAGUGUCCUCACUGCAAUAUAAUGGUGUGCGUAGCGUGCGAGACCAAGUGGCAUCCCGAGAUAUCUUGCGAGGAGUUUCAGAAGCUAGCUGAGAACGAGAGGGAAAGAGAUGAUAUUUUGCUGAAGAAAAUGGCAGAGAGUAAGAAGUGGAGAAGAUGUCCUUCUUGCAAAUCUUACAUUGAAAAGUCUCAUGGUUGCUCAUACAUGACGUGCAGGUGUGGGUUGGCUUUUUGCUACGAUUGUGGAACUCUAGCUAAGGACCAUUCUAAUUAUUGUUCUAAUUACAGGCAUUGAUGUUAGCUUUUAUUAUUGUUUAUGUGUGUCCAAAGCUAUAAGCUUAAUGGAAUUAGGAUUUCUUUUUGGCACAACUUAGUAUUAUACCUAUCUUUGGAUUAUUUAUUAGGAAUAAUCUAUGGUACCCAGUUUAAAAAUGUUCAGUUGCAGGGAAAUGACUCCUUCAAAUAACUAUUUGAGCCAAUAUAUAAAAAGAAAUAUUUCU